CUGUACAGGGGUUAGCUUGCAGGUUGUAAAACAGUUGUAAACAGUGGCGUAACUUUGACUUUUAACUUGCUCAAGCCUCCACAAAUUCAAGCGAAAUAACUGCUAAAGCAAACAUGUAAAUUUUAAAGUGACGCACGGUGCUUUUUGUCCAAACCAGACAUGGCAAGGAUUUUUCAGAAAGCAAUCCAGCUCAAGUCAACUCUAAGAUACACCCAAGUGUCCUCCACUCACAGACUAGCACUCACGAACUCACCCUUCACCAUAGCAACAAGCCAUUUUUACCCCUCCAGGUGCAACACUCGAAAUUUAACAACCAAAAAUGCAGAAGGACCCAAAUCCUCACCCCCAGAGAGACUGCCUUUCACCAGGGUAACUAAAGAAGACCUGGACUUUUUCCGGAGCAUUCUUCCAGGCAGGACCAUCACAGACCCGGACCUACUGGAGUCUAGUAAUGUGGACUGGCUUAAAUCUGUUAGAGGUUCUAGUGAGGUGCUGCUGCGACCUCAAACUACAGCUGAAGUCUCUCAAAUACUGAGGUACUGUAAUAGUCGUAACCUGGCUGUGAACCCUCAGGGGGGUAACACUGGUUUGGUGGGGGGCAGUGUACCAGUGUAUGACGAGAUCAUCCUGUCCACAGCUCUCAUGAACAAAGUGCUCAGCUUCGACCAUGUCUCAGGUAUUGUGACCUGCCAGGCGGGCUGUGUGCUGGAGAGCCUGUCCCAGUACCUGGAGGAGAGGGACUACAUCAUGCCUCUAGACCUGGGGGCAAAGGGCAGUUGCCAUAUCGGAGGGAAUGUGGCCACUAACGCAGGAGGGCUAAGGCUACUGCGAUACGGGUCCCUGAGAGGCACAGUGCUGGGGCUGGAAGUGGUUUUUGCUGAUGGGAGGGUGCUGGACUGCCUGGCCACACUGAGAAAGGAUAACACGGGUUACGACCUCAAACAGCUGUUCAUCGGCUCAGAGGGAACACUGGGAGUCAUCACUGCAGUGUCUGUGCUGUGUCCACGCAAACCCAAGUCUGUCAAUGUUGUGUUCCUAGGCUGUGAGACAUUUGAAAACCUGCUGAAGACGUUCCAGCUUUGCAGAGGCAUGCUGGGAGAAAUCCUGUCUGCGUUUGAGUUUCUGGACAGUGAGUGUAUGAGACUGCUCAAUACACACCUCAAACUGUCUAAUCCUAUAUCAGAUUGCCCAUUUUACAUCGUCAUAGAAACCGCAGGAUCUGACCCAAAUCAUGACAGUGAGAAGUUACAUAAUUUCCUGGACGAAGCAAUGAAUGCAGCUCUGGUUACUGACGGGACAGUGGCGACAGAGGAAUCCAAAAUAAAGGCCUUGUGGUCCAUGCGUGAGAGAGUGACCGAGGCUCUGACCCAUGACGGCUUCACUUAUAAGUACGACAUCUCCCUCCCCGUGGAGCUCAUCUACAGGCUGGUCCUGGACAUGAGGCAGCACCUGGGGGACAGGGCUCGCAGCGUGGUGGGAUAUGGACACGUAGGUGAUGGUAACCUCCAUCUGAACAUCACGUCUCCGGCUAAAGACCCCGCUCUCCUGGCCGCUAUAGAGCCCUUUGUGUACGAGUGGACUGCUCAGAGGAGAGGCAGCAUCAGCGCGGAGCACGGGCUGGGCCUAAAGAAGAGGAACUAUAUCUACUACAGCAAAUCCAGCCAGGCCGUGACUCUCAUGGGGGACAUCAAACACAUGCUGGACCCCAAAGGCAUCCUCAACCCCUACAAGACCCUACCAGACCACCUCACAUGAGCACCUCACAUGAGCACCUCUACUAAUAUGAAAUUAUAUUAAAGCUGCACAAUGGAACCUUUUUGAAGGAGGGUCCACCAUAACCUGGCUCAUGUCAGACUGAUAUGUGUGAUAUGAGUUCUACACAUCAAUCUGGGACGACUCUUGCUAAAGGAAGUUGAGAAAAGGCAGAACGUCAUGAUGAAUACUUGAAUCUGAUUGGUCGAAGCUUCACACCCCGAGAAAUCGAACUUUUAAUGAUCCAUUUGAGAGAAAAGCACAGGCAUCUUCUCUGUCCACAAAUGCACAAAGUGUUUCCCUCUGCACAAUUUAAAAAAACUAAAUAGUUUUAUUAUUUCUGGUAAAAUGGGCUGAAGUACAUCGCCAUGUUUGUUUUGGUUGGUUUGAGCUCUUCCUUUUGGGUUCUGUUUAAAUGAAAUAUUCUGAGAAUUCAUCGUGCUGGCCUGGUUAUCUGCCAUCUCCUUGUUUUGCGAGAUAAUAAAAACAUGGAGACAAGCAGGUAGCAGACCCUCCACCAGAAAAGUUACAUAGUGCACCUUUAAGCACAAUCAAUGCAGUCAAUAUAUUUUAGUCUGUGUAAUGUACUGAUUAUUAAUGUGAGGUGAUUUUUGUUUUAUUUAUGAGAACUAUUUGAGGUUGUUGUAAAAUGAUUGUCCAAAUGUAGUCUAGAGGACAGAAUGCGUCCUCUGCAUUUGACCCAUUAAAAAUGAUUCACUUGUGC